AUGAGCCACCGUCUAACCGAAGAAGGAGAUCAAGCGUGGAGAGUUGAGCUAGCUCUGCUCGCGGCGUCGGACCUCGCACUGUCGAUACCGAAGCACAUUCGCGUGAUAUUCAUGCGAGCAACCGCCGGAUUCAUCGCUGAGUGCGUCUUCACCGACCACCACGAGGAAAAACUUACCAAGAUGGAGACGACGGCACUGGUGUACUGCAUUCGCUACAACGAGCCACUCGCCGUGAUUCAAGACGUGGUCGUCCUCACACCACCAGAGGAUGGGCAAGACCUCGCGUUCAAUACUCGAAUCGGAAAACUCGGCAGCUCACCGGAGGAUGGCAGAUACCGGGUCGAGACUCUGUGGAAGAAAGGCAAGCGCUCCAAGGAUCCUGGCUACGCUUCGUUGACAGCCGUGCCAAUGGUCUGCCUCGGGACGAUCCGUGGGUUCUUAACUGACCGAGGGGCCAUGGACUUGGAAGCGACGAUCUACACCAGGCUGGUAAAGGCGAAGCUUGCCAUCGGUGCCAGAUUUCCCGGUGACAAACCGCGCGACCUCAAAGAACUGUUCUAUUACAAGAUGCACUGGGCUCCUGUGAAGAAGAUCAUGAUUGAGGAGUUCGUGAGGUACAAGGCGAUGUGGUGGAAGCACGUCUUCGGGAACUUGGUGGCGACUUUCAUGGACGCUCUCGCUCACUACCGUCUCAAAUGGCGUACAGAGAGAAGGCCUAACUAUGAGAGCGUCAUCGCCAGCGAGAAGUUCCAGGUCGAGUUGGCUGAGAAAAUCGCCAACGAGUACGUUGAGCACCCUUCGUCCAAAUCGCCAACAAUAACGUUCACAGAGUCCCAGGAGGUAAUCGAUCUCGAGAAGGACGAGAGCUCAGAGGGUGAGGAAACCCACAUCUCAGACGAGGAAGAGCUGACUCAAGACCCAGAGCUGUACCACGAUACGGAGGACGAGAACAGCCCUGUCAACGCCCUUGCGUUAUCUCAAUCUUCGCGCAUCCAGGUACUCUCCAUCGAUGAUUCACAGCCCGACGCCGAGCCGACCAUCGAAAGCGAUCCGACCUCCGAGGCAGUGCCCAACGCUGACAGCACAGAGCUCGAAAUGAAGUACCCUGUCCCAGAAUCACAGACUACACCUCGAUCAACCUCACCGCGCGAAGAACUUCUCGACGAAAUCAAGGCCUCUACCCAGAAGAUGCUUGACGAUGCUAAGGCAGAAGUGAAGGCCACUAUCAAAGCGUCGAGCGAGACGCUCAUGGAUUCGCUGAGAGCCGAGUUUAAAGAGCUGCGCGCAGAUAUUCAUACACAGCACCACCAGCAACCUGCACCCGGGCCAGUAUCGCUGCAACUGCAGCAGCCAGUGCCAUCACAAAUGCAGCAAUACCAAGAGUUCCUACAGUUCCAGCAGUUCCAGCUUAUCUGGAGACGUCAGAGAGCCACUCAGCCACAGCCUCAGUCUGAUGAAGCGCAGUGGCUCCAGCAACUCCAACAGCUUGAAUGGCGACAGCAGCGCUACAACCAGCAGCGCUUCAACAACCAGCAGCGCUUCCAGCAAGGAGGUCAGCCCAUGUGA